UGCAACCCAGAUACAUGGCCGCAGCAUGUCGCUAUGGAGGAAAUAGAACCAAAGUCUUCUAAUCUGCUUAUUGUCAGUCCAGCAAUCGGGUUGAAUAGAUAUGAAGCAUUUCGUCUUUGUUUACCUUAUCGAAUCAUGGAACGUAGCGAAAAUUAUCGUUUUUUGUCUGAAGUAUCGAGGCAGCGGGACGUAUAGCCUAAAUUAAUUUGAAGUGAUGUUUACUCUCACAGAGGUAGCCGCCUUGAAUGACAUCCAGCCAACCUAUCGUAUCUUGAAACCAUGGUGGGAUGUCUUUAUGGACUACCUGGGUGUCGUCAUGCUGAUGCUCGCCAUUUUUUCUGGAACUAUGCAGUUAACCAAAGACCAAGUGGUUUGCCUUCCUGUCCAGGAACCAGCUGCAGAGGACAACAGUGGCUUCACAACUCUGCAGCCAGCAGAGGGGUCUGGUUCUGGGUCAGGAAAUGGAGGGAGUAGGGUGACGCUAGCUGCUGCACCCCUAAUUACUAAGGAUCUACCAGAUAGUGUUGUUCAGGAAAUUCACUUAACACAGUUUGGUGGUCUUAGACAUCAACCUCUGCCAACAGGCGUCAGGACAAACCUGGACUUUCAGCAGUAUGUUUUUGUCAAUCAGAUGUGCUACCAUGUCGCCCUGCCAUGGUACUCUAAGUACUUUCCAUACCUCGCUCUCAUACACACCAUUGUGCUCAUGGUCAGCAGCAACUUUUGGUUCAAAUAUCCUAAGACUAGUUCAAAAAUAGAGCAUUUUGUGGGAAUAUUAGGCAAAUGUUUUGAGUCUCCUUGGACGACCAAGGCAUUGUCAGAAACGGCCUGUGAGGACUCAGAGGAGAAUAAGCAAAGACUCAUUGGUGCCCCCUCCCUACCAAAACAUUUCUCAACCAGCAGUGAAGAGGGAAGUCCUAACCAGUCCACCCCAAUGCUGGCUAAAUCUGGGGUCAAGUUCACUGCUGAUAAGCCUGUCAUUGAAGUCCCAUGCAUGACCAUACUGGAUAAGAAAGAUGGAGAGCAGGCCAAGGCUCUAUUUGAAAAGGUUAGGAAGUUCCGUGCCCAUGUAGAAGACAGUGAUUUGAUCUACAAGCUCUAUGUUGCCCAAACAGUAAUCAAAACAGUAAAAUUCAUUUUAAUCUUAUGUUACACAAUGACAUUUGUUGCUGCAAUUGACUUUGACCAUGUGUGUGAGCCUGACAUAAAACAUUUGACUGGGUAUGCUAAAUUCCAAUGUACACAUAAUAUGGCUUUUAUGUUGCGUAAGCUGCUUGUCAGCUAUAUUUCCCUUGUCUGUAUAUAUGGCCUUAUCUGUAUAUACACCCUCUUCUGGCUGUUUCGACGACCUCUUAAGGAGUACUCUUUUGAGAAAGUCAGGGAGGAGAGCAGCUUCAGUGACAUUCCUGAUGUAAAGAAUGACUUUGCGUUUCUCUUGCACAUGGUGGAUCAGUAUGACCAGCUGUACUCUAAGCGUUUCGGCGUCUUCCUCUCUGAAGUCAGUGAGAACAAGCUGCGGGAGAUUAGUUUAAAUCAUGAGUGGACCUUUGAGAAACUCAGACAGCACGUAACUCGCAACGCUCAGGACAAACUGGAGCUCCAUCUCUUCAUGUUGUCAGGUCUGCCAGAUGCUGUCUUUGACCUGACGGAUCUUGAGAUCUUGAAGCUGGAGCUGAUUCCAGAGGCCAGGAUAACAGCCAAGAUCUCACAGAUGAUAAACCUUCAAGAGCUUCACUUUUACCAUUGUCCUGCUAAAGUCGAGCAGACAGCAUUCAGUUUCCUUCGCGACCACCUCCGUUGCCUUCAUGUCAAGUUUACGGAUGUGGCGGAGAUUCCCACCUGGGUAUACCUUUUGAAAAGCCUGAGGGAGCUGUAUUUGGUCGGGAAUCUGAAUUCUGAAAACAACAAGAUGAUCGGAUUAGAAUCUCUCAGAGACCUGAGGCAUCUGAAAAUCUUGCAUCUAAAAAGUAACUUGACAAAGGUCCCAACCAACAUAACAGACCUGUCUCCACACUUGAUCAAGCUGGUGAUACAUAAUGAUGGUACUAAACUCCUGGUACUGAACAGUUUAAAGAAAAUGAUGAACCUAGCUGAACUGGAGCUUCACAACUGUGAACUGGAAAGGAUUCCUCAUGCUAUUUUCAGUCUGACCAACCUGCAGGAGCUAGAUCUGAAAUCCAACAACAUUCGUACCAUUGAGGAGGUCAUCAGCUUUCAGCACCUCAAUAGGCUUAUUUGCCUUAAACUGUGGCACAAUAAAAUCAUCACCAUUCCAUUAUCCAUAAGCCAUGUUAAAAAUCUAGAGUCCCUCUACCUUUCGCACAACAAACUUGAAUCUCUGCCCGUACCUUUGUUUAACCUGCUCAAGCUGAGGUAUUUGGAUGUUAGCCACAACUCCAUAGUGGUAAUCCCUCUUGAGAUUGGCUUCAUGCAGAACCUUCAACACUUUGCCAUAACUGGCAACAAGGUGGAGGUGGUACCCAAGCAGCUGUUUAAGUGCACCAAACUAAAGACACUAUGUCUGGGACACAACUGUAUAUCUGUCCUUCCAGAGAAGAUUGGCAAUCUGGUGCAGCUAACAAACUUGGAGCUGAAGGGAAACUGUCUUGACCGCCUUCCUGCCCAGCUAGGCCAGUGUCGCCUCCUCAGAAGGAACUGCCUGGUAGUGGAGGACCACCUUUUUGACUCACUCCCACUUGACGUGAAGGAGAGUAUUAAUCAGGAAGCCAAUGUUCCCUUUGCUAAUGGGGUGUGAAUGUGUAAGAAAGGUUUGACACUUUUCCCAUACAAUAAUGGGAUAUGAAAAAGUGUCAAGAACUCAACAUUCUUUGUAUGCAGACAGAACAGAAUAAAAGACUUUUGCUCAGGGCUGAGUCAUCUUGAUAGCACAGAGGAUGGUUUAAACGUUUAGAGUUUAGCACUGUGCUAUCUGGUUUGGAGAGUUUAGAACAGUGGAAGAUGCUAGAAUGGUUGUCUGGUUCUAGUGUGACAAAGUAAUGAGCUAGUUCCAGAAUAACAGAUAGGUUCCAGACUUAGGGACUUGUUCCAGAGUGGCUUAGUUAUAGAAUGACUGCAAUAGAUACGUUAAAGAGGUCAAUGGAAAGCGUGAGUGGAGAGAGCAGAAGAACGCUGUACAAGGUGGAUAUUCAUAAAAUCCAUAGUAAAUUUUUAGUAGUCAACUGUUACAGGCCCAUAAUGUAUUUACCCACAUUUAUGUCUGUGUAAAACCACUAUAUAAUUUCAAUGAUUGUUGGGUCAAAUUCAUAGAUGCCAGUAAUGCAGUCACCUCCAAAACAGUUGAUAAAGAUGAGCACAAAAUUCUGCUUGAGAUAGGUAGAUACAAAUUAUAUCAAGCUAAAAAAUAUUAGUUUAUUGAGAUUUAUUUAUUUUGUUGUAAAAGAAAAACAAAACACUGUUGGUGUUAAAAUCCUUGGCAACAAUAACAAUUCUUAAAAAGAAAAAAUACAUCUGUAUAAGUGUUCUUUUAAAGUUUACUAACACAGUAAUAACUACAGUAACAACAUCGUAUUUACACAUUCACUACUGAUUAUUAUUACUACAGUACAGUUAUUACACAUCAUGUUAUUCCAAUGAGUAACUAAUGAUUUGGAGUUGCAGGUUUGAAACCCAACUGUUAAUUACCAUUAACAUCACAUUUGAUCCUUUUCCAUAGGUCAGGCAUUUUCAAACUUUUUUGGGGCCUGGGACCAGCAGUGCAUGGCCUUCUUUUUCUUGGGCUGCUUUUGUGAAGAAAAUAUUGAU